CCAAGAACUAGUAUGUACUCUGUGAAAUUUAGAUUUUUCAUUUUAGGUUAGAAAAAUCAAAAAGAUAAACAAGAGAUUUUUGUGAGUUGCUUUGUACAGCCUUACCUUUAAAAUUAGAUGUAGAUUGUAAAUAUACUCUCAUCUUAUACAUCGGUACCGGUUCUUUCUUCAAAGCUAAGUACUUACUAUAAUCAAGCGACAAUAGUCAUACCGGCAAGAUUGUGAAGCAUUAUCAAUAACAAUGCCGACAUGGAACCAAAUUCAGUCACAGCUAAGAAACCCAAAUAACCCAGUUGUUUUCUUCGACAUAACAGUCGGGACAACGGAAAUAGGACGUAUGAUAUUUGAGCUGUUUGCUGAUGUUGUGCCAAAAACAAGUGAAAAUUUUAGGGAAUUUUGUACAGGAGAAUAUCGGAGAGAUGGUGUACCUCUUGGUUACAAAGGAGCUACCUUUCACAGAGUUAUCAAGGAUUUUAUGAUACAAGGCGGCGAUUUUGUUAAUGGUGAUGGCACCGGCGUCAUGAGUAUUUAUGGUGGAAGUACUUUUGCAGAUGAGAACUUUGUACUAAAACAUGAUUCUCCGGGUCUUUUAUCUAUGGCCAAUAGUGGCAAGGACACAAAUGGUUGCCAAUUUUUCAUAACUUGUGCAAAGUGUAAUUUCUUAGAUAACAAACAUGUGGUUUUCGGUAGAGUAAUUGAUGGUUUGUUGGUAAUGAGAAAAAUCGAAAAUGUACCAACUGGUCCAAAUAAUAAACCCAAAAUACCAGUGACAAUUUCACAGUGUGGACAAAUGUAAAUGUAAGAUGUAAGUGUUCUCGUAAUAAGCUGUAUAUUUAAAGAAAAUUAAAUUGAUAUUUUUUCAUGA